AUGGUGGUCCGUGAUGAAGAGGAGCAUGGGACCAUGGGUGCAGGGGAGCAUGGGACCAUGGGUGCAGGGGAGCAUGGGACCAUGGGUGCAGGGGAGCACGGGACCAUGGGUGCAGGGGAGCAUGGGACCAUGGGUGCAGGUAUGCAUGGGACCAUGGGUGCAGGGGAGCAUGGGACCAUGGGUGCAGGGGAGCAUGGGACCAUGGGUGCAGGGGAGCAUGGGACCAUGGGUGCAGGUCUGCAUGGGACCAUGGGUGCAGGGGAGCAUGGGACCAUGGGUGCAGGGGAGCAUGGGACCAUGGGUGCAGGGGAGCAUGGGACCAUGGGUGCAGGUCUGCAUGGGACAGUCCUACAAUGGGAGUGA